AUGGUCGCACACCCGCACGCUCUACACAUAUCAGUGUCUCCAUUUCCCUUACUGAAAGCUUUCUUUUAUACUUCACAACCACCUUUACUCUCUUUGCCACCGCUUUUCUUUCUUAAUGCUGCUGCUGAAGACUUGCUCUUAAUUUUAUCUCUCUCCCCUUUCAUCCUUUUUCUUUCUUUCUUUCUUUCUUUCAUUCUUUCUUUCUUUCUUUCUUUCUUUCUUUCUUCCGUUCGUCCUAGUCUCCAUAGGUUCUUCUUAAUAUUCUUUUUCAUCUUCUUCUUCUUCUUCUUAUUUUUCUUCUUUGUCUUCCUCUUCUCCUCUUUUAGAUUUCCUUACGCCUCUACAUAUUUAUCUUCUUUUUCCUCUUCGUUUUCAAGCAACCACCAGAAGAGCCGAGACAGCACAUCUGUAUUCCUUAUCGAUUGCCGUCUCUUUUGUGACGACCGUACGCUUUCUUUCUUGCACGUACUUCCUCGCUUCUUUCCUUUCAGUUUUAACUUAUUUUCCAUUCCAGCUAUGACAGUUGGUUCGUCCAAUCUUUCAUAUCCGCUUUUCAUCGUCAUUUCUUGA